UGUAUCUACCCACUCACAAACAAAAACAUCCGUUUCCUCUACAUCUGUCAAAUGAAUAAAAACUUAAACAAAUUGUUAACGUUUACCAACACUUACUUCGAGCGCCUAUAAAUAGGCAACAUAAUAAAAAACAGCAGGCAGCACUCAACACCUGAGACCUUUGGUUGACGAAAUAACAAAUUCAACGGCACUCAUCAGUAUUGACUGGGAGAAGAUACAGAGCAAACACAUCAAUAGCUAAAACAGCGGAACUCAAUAAAAUUAAAAUAAAAAAACAACAUUCCAGUAAACAAAACAUUUGCAAAUUUAUUGAGCGUCUGUGAUUGAACGUAAAUGCAACAACAACAAGCUGAAGAAGACACCGGGACAGGCAAUUAAAUUUAUUUUGUGCAAAAUUUCCAUUUGAACGCCUAUAUACUCUCAUUCGUUUCCACUCCAGGUGGCCUCCAUUCCAUUUAUAGCAACCGCAACAAGGUCGCCCAUCUUCUUCCACAGCAUUAAGAAAGCGUUAAGGUAUAACCUAACCGCCCCAGACAAUGACAACCGCCGACAAUCAUAAUUUAUUGAGAAGCCUCAUCAACGCCGCGGAGAAAGCAGCCAAUAUAGCCCGCAUUUGCCGUUCGAAUCAACAAUUGUUGUCACUCUUGGUACGGGAGAAGACUGGAGAUGAAGCCAAUGCCAGAUUUGAACAUGAUUUUAAAACAUUAGCCGAUGUUCUCAUACAAGAGGCCAUAAAACACGACAUUGGCAAUGAGUUUCCCGAAAUGAAGGAUAACAUAAGGGGCGAAGAAUCACCCAACUUUACUAAUGCCAAUGGAGAUAGUGUUGCCAUUGUUGUGGGUCCAACGGCAUCGGAGACAGAGGCAUGUUUACUUGCCAUUCUACAAGAGGAGCAUCAGGAAGCUGCAAAACUAUUAGCUGAAGAAGUACAUCGUGAGGUGACAUUUGAUAGGGAGUUAAGCGAAGAAAUACCAGAGUUACCAAAUGAUGUGGAUUACUCACAGCUGGGAGUGUGGAUAGAUCCGAUUGAUGCUACAGCUGAGUAUAUAUCGGGCGAUACAAUGUUUACGAAUUUCCCAGGCAUAACAUCAACCGGACUGGACUGUGUCACCGUUCUAAUUGGUGUAUACGACAUAGCCACGGGCAUUCCCCUAAUUGGUGUCAUCUGCCAGCCAUUUCUCAACAAAUUACAAGAAAAUGUCUACACAUCAGCAAUGUUUUGGGGAGUGGCGCUUCCAAAUUGCCAAUCUCAUUGCAAGUCCUUAAACAACUCCCCCUCUGAUCGGGGUCGUCUUUUGGGUAUUUUUUCCAGCUCCGAACGUGCCGAGCUAUUACAACAGAUGUUAGAAUUAGGCUAUGAAUUUGCUUUCUCAGCUGGUGCGGGCCAUAAAGCUCUGAAAGUUAUUACCAAUGAAGUUGAUGCCUAUGUUUUGAGUAAGGGAUCCACCUUCAAAUGGGAUACAUGUGCUCCACAAGCCAUUUUACGUUCCCUAAAUGGUGAUAUUAUUGAAUUCCAAACAAGUAUUAAAGAAGGUAAAGCCAUACCCUUGAAAUACAUCCAAAGUGAGGAAGAGAGGGAAAAUGCAGAAGAUACGACCGUGGAUUGGAAAUGUAAUAAUCAUGGUUUGAUUGCCGUUCGAGAUGUGAAAUUAUUUGAUGGUCUACUGGAGAAAUUGGCAAAUAGUUAAAUAUUCAACAGUUUGGAAAACGUCUAUUAGCCAUUAGAAUAAGUUUUUGUUGACAUGGUCCAGAGUUUCCUAAAAUAUUUUUGAUGAGUGUGUAUGAAGAAACAAAGAACAAAAACCAAAUUAUAUGUAUGUAUUUAUAUAAUAGUAAUAAUUUAUAUUAAAAUAAAGAAGAAAUAUAUGUCUAUAAAAA